UGAGAAGCGUGGUGGCGGGGGAUUGUCAACAUUUUCUGUCAAGGCCCCACCUCACCUCUUAACGUAUUUACCACCCUCUACUGACCUAAAUAUCUUUCGGGGGAUAACUUGCGGUUAGCUCUAGCUAGCUCUGGCCUGAAAAGCUUUUCGCUUACACUUUUCGCUGACCCCCUCUGCUUAAAAGUGCUGGUCAAGUGAGGCGUCUGAGAAGAAACAGACCAAGCUGACAGGACAGUCGGCAUAUUGGGGACAGUGUUAUGUUUUGGCGGGAAAUCCCCGUCUCUGCUUGCCUUACCCUACCUCCACCCCGAGGGUAGCCACACAUUGCUUCUGUUCUCUUUAUCUUGGGCCUUACGUGUAUUUUUAUGUAUUUACUUCUAAAUGCAUGUCUUUCCUACACAUACAGCCAUGUGUGACCUUUUAUAAACUUUUAGAUUUAUAGAAUCUCAGCAUUUUCAUGAGCAUGCUUCUGUGACAGGCAAAAGUAUAUAUUUACCUAGAACUUUCUGCUUUAUAUAUGCACACACACACAGUUGUGUGUGUAUGUAUAUAUGCUUUAUAAAUACACAUACACAUAUGCAUAACUUUACGUAUUUUAGUCCCUCACACAUACACAGCUACAUUCACACAGAUACACACAUAUAUCUAUAAACACAUAUCUUUGAUUAAAUACUCUAAUCUAUACAACCGUCUUACAAGAUGGAUAAUUUCCAGAAAGUGGAAAAGAUUGGGGAAGGAACUUAUGGUGUUGUUUAUAAAGCACGGGACAAGAUUACUGGACAGUUUGUAGCUUUGAAGAAGAUCAGGCUCGAUGCGGAAACGGAAGGGGUCCCCAGCACAGCAAUUCGAGAGAUUUCUUUACUUAGAGAGUUGACACACCACAAUGUUGUACAGCUGCUUGAUGUCGUACAGAGUGAUAAAAAGCUUUAUCUUGUCUUUGAAUAUCUUGACCAAGAUCUGAAGAAGUACAUGGACACAGCACCAGCGUCAGGUCUUUCACCAGAAUUAAUAAAGAGUUAUAUGUACCAACUGCUCACAGGGAUCGCCUACAUUCAUGCCCACCGAGUCCUCCAUCGAGACUUAAAACCACAGAACUUGUUAAUUGAUGCUGAAGGCAAUAUAAAAUUGGCAGAUUUUGGUCUGGCGAGAGCUUUUGGAGUUCCUGUCAGGACUUACACACAUGAGGUUGUAACUCUUUGGUACCGAGCGCCUGAAAUCUUACUUGGAAGUCGGUUUUAUUCCACACCGGUUGAUGUUUGGAGUCUAGGCUGUAUAUUUGUGGAAAUGAUAACAAGAAUGGCAUUGUUUCCUGGAGAUUCUGAGAUUGAUCAACUAUUCCGAAUAUUCCGAACAUUAGGUACACCAGAUGAGAAUACUUGGCGUGGAGUAUCCAGUUUGCCAGAUUACAAAUCUUCUUUUCCACGUUGGCCAAUCCAGAACAUGGAUCACCUAAUACCAAGGUUGGAGAAUGAUGGAAUUGACUUGCUCAAUAAUAUGUUGCGUUAUGAACCUAAGAACCGUAUCACAGCCAGACUGGCACUUCUUCAUCCCUACUUCAAUGAUGUGCGGAAACAUAAACCUGUGAUUGUCUGAGAAGAACUUCAAAAGGAAUUACUUUUUGUUGAAUUGUCAUUCUUCAAAUUAUUUCAUUUUUUUUUUCUGUAUUUAUUUUCUCUCUUUCUCUCUCCCUCUCUCUCUCUCUGCUUUAUGUCUUUUAAAAUAUCAGGAACUUUUCUUGUUUUUAAUAUAGUUCAAUGUUAAAUGAUAGGAAAGUCAACUUCUUGUAAUAAUUCUUUUUCCAUUUUUGGAUUGAAGUGUUGGGAGAUUCUUCUAUUUUCCAAAAUUUGGGACUUUUUUUUUUCUUUUUUUAAGUGACAUUAAGAUAACAAUUAACAGUUUCUCUUCUGUUAGUCAUUGGGAAGAGUACUUUGGAUUAUCUGCGAGUUUGAUUUCUUAAAAUUUUAUCCUUUUGCACUAUUAACUUCAUUUUCACAGUGCCUAUUUACCAUUUUAUUUCUACAUUAUGUUUCAAUGCCAUAGAUCUCCGAUCCUUAUUACUUCAAUAUAGAUACAAACUAGGAACCUUUUCUCUAAUCUUGCAGCAAUUAUCUCUUUUGCAUAUUCUUUCUUUGAAUCCCGUCUACCACUGCCAUAUCUAUAUUCAGGAAUAAAACACCUGGUAACCGGAGAUCGAACUGCUUAAAAUAUGUGGAUUUAAAUGGAAAUAUGAAGUUAACUGUGAAAUAUAAAGUCCUGUCAUUCCAUUUUAGUUUCUCUCAAUAAGCUAUUUUUCUUCAUAUCUGAAAUCUCCUGCUUUCUAAAUUUUUUAUUUGGAUCCUAUUUUUAGAUCGACAGGAGAAAGUGUAAAGGCUUAUAUUGUUUGAAUCUCAACUAGUUUACUUGAAUUUCCAACCUUUGUCCUUUGAAAGACAGUUGUAGACGUCACUAUUUCUGUUAACGGACGUAGAAUUAAAUGUUUCAGAAUACUGCAGGUUCCUGAAAUUCUUGGACUUAAAUUGAAGAGUUACUGUAAUAGGCCUUAGGCCAGAACAUUUUUUUAAAAUAAAGAGCUAGAUUAAGUGAUAUUAAUAAACUAAUUAUUUUAACUAGUAUUUGCCUAAAUAUAUUGCCUUAGCAACCAUUUGGCUGUAAAAAUAAACAAAAAAGGCAACUCUGUUUAUCAAAUUUUACCACUCUGAAGUACUUAUCUUUCGGAAUUUAAAGUUUCUUUACAUAUUAAAAAUUUCAACAUUGAAUUCCCAAAUAUUAAUCAUUAUGAUAAUGAUGAUGAUGUUAACGAAUGGGUAUGGUGCUAGAGUAAAAUAUGCAUUUAUUAAAAGUCAAAUUAAUAACAAUAUGAUGAUGAUGGUUGAAGGGAACCAAUUUAAUGUAAUGUUUGUUUGUUUGUCAUGGAUGGAUGAGCUUUUUAUCUGCUUCAAUAUAUUUUUUGGUCUCUCAGAUGUUAACCUUGUUCUGCUCACUGAAUCAAAAUCUCAUUGGCUCACAUCACUAAUAUCAUUCAGGAAAGGCAUGAAUGUCGUAGCUUCAUGUUUGUUUUUUUUGCCUCUCCUUGUUAUAAAUCAGAAGCUGUUUACCUCUUAACUGUUGUGGUCAGUUUCCUAAAAUUCAGACCACUUUGAGGUCCCAGCAGACAAAAUGGAAAAAGGGUUGUCCUGGAGGAUGGCGAAGACUCACAGGACUCACAGUGAUUCAGCGCAGUCUCAGACUAUGUGAGAGUCUCUCAUGCUGUCUGAUUGCAAGUAUGAGAGUCUCUCAUGCUGUCUGAUUGCAAGUAUGAGAGUCUCUCAUGCUGUCUGAUUGCAAGUAUGAGAGUCUCUCAUGCCGUCUGAUUGCAAGUAUGAGAGUCUCUCAUGCUGUCUGAUUGCAAGUAUGAGAGUCUCUCAUACUGUCUGAUUGCAAGUAUGAGUCUCUCAUACCGUCUGAUUGCAAGUUUGAGAGUCUCUCAUACUGUCUGAUUGCAAGUAUGAGAGUCUCUCAUACCGUCUGAUUGCAAGUAUGAGAGUCUCUCAUACCGUCUGAUUGCAAGUAUGAGAGUCUCUCAUACCGUCUGAUUGCAAGUAUGAGAGUCUUUUGUACACAAUAGUUUGAGGCUGUGGUUGCAUACAAAGGAAUGCACCCUUAACCCUUAGGCAUUCAGAUUAUUCUGCCAAAUGUAGAAUAGGUUUGAGAGGCUGGAUCUGGAUCAUAAAACAAAAUAUUUGAGCCAGACAUGGCUGAUUUAAAUGCUAAAGGGUUAACAUAAUAUUUAUUAACUAAUUGAAAGUUUUCAGUGUUAUAUCAGUUGUCAGUUGUGCAAUUUAAUGCACAUUUUCAUUCCAUUCAUCAAAGACUUUCUGUACAACCUUACUUUUCUAUUGUCUCUUUCCUACCCACUAAUAUUUUUUGUCACCAUAACUUUCUCAAAUUUCAGAAAAAGAAACUUACGAAAAAAAAAAGAAGUUUUUGUCAUAUUUAUUGUUUGUGAUGUUUGUUAAGUUUUUCUAAAGAUUUUUUCAACCUCAACAUUUCAUGUUAAGAGACAAGGAUUUUACAGUCAGGUUUUUUUUUUUUUUUUUUUUUUUUUUUUUUUUGAGAUUGAAUGUGAUUGAAGAGAUACUUGUGUGUCUUGAGUUCCUAUUAUGAAAUAGGCACCCACCCCACUCUGUCUUUGGGUUAAUAGAGGAAAAAAAAAAGGAAAACAAAAAUCAGAUCUUUGAAGAAAAUCAAGGGUGAGAAAACAAGAUUCAUUCUGUGGUUGCUUAGGAAACUAUUUUCCAGUUAUUCUUGGUUUUAUUCCAACUGGAACCUGGAAUUUCAAAGGAGAUCGCAAUGACCCCAUUCUGUCUUUAAGCAAUUCAAAUAAGCUCAAGCUGGAGCAACUAUAAAAGCCAGCUUGUGAACCACUUUCUUAAAGGAAUACCUACUUUUGUUGAAAGAAAAUAAAACAAUGUUUAUAAAGUACCCAGGACAGAUAAUGUGUGAGUGUGUGUAUUUUUAGAACAUGUAAAUAUCUUGAAAUUUUUCUCUUUUUUUUUAAUUUUUAUAUUUGUAU